AUGGCGCCGAGUCGCCGGCCCCCUCCCAAAGAUGCAUUUGCCUCUCAAAAGGUAACCCCGAAGCCAGUGAAGAAGGAGAGGAAGGUUGUUGCUGAGAAUUUUAGUGUUGGCGAGAAGAUUUUAUGUCUUCAUGUCGCCAGCGCCAUCCAUUAUGAAGCCAAAAUUAUUGAUGAAUCAAAGGAUCCCCCGUCAUUCCGAGUCCAUUAUCAGGUAAGUUUUUUUUUGAAAUUGUUGAUUUUGUCUUUAGGGCUGGAACAAACGAUAUGAUGAGGACGUUACAUACGAUGAUGUACCUUUCCGCUUCAAUUUUUAUUCAGAUUCGUCGGCUGCGGAAGCUAAAGUAAGUUGAAGAUGGAUUGAUUGAGGAUUUUGAUGUGAUUUGGAAAGCGAAUUACGCCCAUUAGUACCAUAUUUUUUGGGUUAACAACGAUUUUUUCCCCGAAGAACCCGAUUUUUAUCCUACUUUUUCAUUUUCAGGAAGCUCAACGUACUGCAAUGCAAAAUUCAAGCAGAAAGCGGGCUCGUCGAGACCGCGAAAGAGCCGAACGCGAUCGGACUGGCACUCCAGCAACGUCUCAAGCCGGCUCCGGCCUCGAUUUCCCUGGAACUGCCACUUCUUCAAGGUCGACGACUCCGGAUUUUCGUCGAAAGCAUCGUGCUGGAAGCUAUCAGAGCUCCGAAAAUAUCCCUCCGAGAAAAGCACCAAAGCCUAGAAGGUAGGGAUUACUGUAAUGGAAGGUUGAAUUUGGAUUUGAAAAGGAAAAAAAUGAUUUUUUUACAUUUUGGGUCAAAAAUGGUGAUUUUUUCGAAUUUUUGGGGGAAAAUAUCGAAUUUCAUGUGUGUUUUCUGUAAUGAUGUAUAUCAAAAGUUAGUAUGUUGUAGGAGCUGUCUAAUUAGGGCUAUUUCGAUCAGAGUAAACGAGAUUUUUCGGUUGAAAUGAGCCUUUCUAUAUCAGAUGUCUAGUACAAUAUAAAAAUUUGAAAAAAGUGGUGUUAGGCAUGUAGAGCUUCCUGAGAGUGCUCUAAAUAUGCGAGCCAAUGAUUUUAGAGUCAUAUUUUACCAUUUUUAUUUCAGAUCCGACUCAAACAAAUUGGAUGGCGACGUCGUUACCAUCUUCACCCAGCCCCCGCCAAACCUGGUGGAAGUCCUGGUCACGGAUAAACGAAAGAUCCUCGAAGGCUUCAUGGUGAAGGUCCCCGAAGAAUACACCGUCGACCAUAUCGUUGAUUUGUAUGUGGAGAAGAUCAAUAAUGAAAGUCAGCAUGUCAACGCGGAUAUGUUCAUCGAAUACGAUAAUGUUGUCACAUUAGAGCACACUACGGCCGAAAUGCAAAAACAUAUCGCGUAUUUCAUCAAGGACCUUUUUAAUCAUAUCCUGAAGACUAGUUUAUUAUACGGACCGGAGAAAAAGGUGAGGAUUUUCGAGAUUUUUUGGAAUUUUUUGAAAUUUAGGUGUGAGUAACGGAAUUUUUUGACGAUUUGAGUGGAAUAUGGGUUUUAGAGAGUGAGAAAAGGUACUAUAAAGUAAUUUGGAGGUAUACAAAUUGGCUGAGACAUAAAAAAUUUAUUUAUUUUUUUCAUUAAAAAUUGUCAUGGAUAAGAUAAUUUUUGGAAGUUUAUUUUAAAAUUUUUUCUUGUACGGCCGAAAAAUAGUGUCAAUUAGAUAUUUUAGCGUAUGAUCUUGUGGUUCAGAAACUAAAAAAAAUAAAUUAAAAAAUUUUUUUUCCGAAAAAUGUCAUGGGUAAUAUAAUUUUUGUAGGACGAGCUUUUCACUGUCCGCAUUCAUUCUUUUCGCUGUCCGCAAAUCGACUUCUCACUGUCCGCAAUUGAGAAUUUUUUUCUGUCCGCACUUCUACUGUCCGCAAAUAAAAUUUUUGAUGUCCGCAUUCAAAACAACUUGUUCUAAGCACCUGGCAAGGCCUUUUCUCGAUACUUCUGACUGCCACAUUACACUUGACAUCAAUAUUAUUCAAAAUUCGAGGUGUGAUGUUGCACUUGAUACCAAUAAUAUUCAAAAGUUAGGGCUGUGAUAUUGCAGUGGGUAUCAAUAUUAUGUUUGGGGUGGGAUUGGACUGAGAUACUACUGAAAUGUGAUUUACAGGAUUUUUAGAGCAUGUCUGGUAAUUUUUGGGGCCAAUGGUGCCCCUCUCUUUUUUUUAACAAAAUUUUUUUAUUUGCGGACAGUGAGAAUCUCCGUGACUUUUCACUGUCCGCAAAUGAAAUUCUUGGCCAAAUGGUCAUGUUUGGGGCGGUUUUAGGCCAAGAUGAUUCUGGAAUGUGAUUUACAGGAUUUUUAGAGCAUGUCUGUUCAUUUUUGGGGCCAAUGGUGCCCCUCUCUUUUUUUUUAACAAAAUUUUUUUAUUUGCGGACAGUGAAAAGUCACGGAGAUUCUCACUGUCCGCAAAUAAAAAAAUUUUGUUAAAAAAAAGAGAGGGGCACCAUUGGCCCCAAAAAUUACCAGACAUGCUCUAAAAAUCCUGUAAAUCACAUUACAGUAGUAUGCAAGAUCACAUCCCAAUUUUGAAUAUUAUUGAUAUCAAGUGCAAUAUGGCAACCUUAAUUUUAAAUAAUAUUGAUACCCACUGCAAUAUCACAGCCCUAACUUUUGAAUAUUAUUGGUAUCAAGUGCAACAUCACACCUCGAAUUUUGAAUAAUAUUGAUGUCAAGUGUAAUGUGGCAGUCAGAAGUAUCGAGAAAAGGCCUUGCCAGGUGCUUAGAACAAGUUGUUUUGAAUGCGGACAUCAAAAAUUUUAUUUGCGGACAGUAGAAGUGCGGACAGAAAAAAAUUCUCAAUUGCGGACAGUGAGAAGUCGAUUUGCGGACAGCGAAAAGACGAAAUGCGGACAACAAAAAAUAGUUCCAUUUUUGUAUAAUUUUUAUGCCGAAUCUUUACUGAUGUUUUUUCGUGUUAAGACUUUAUAUUUAGUCUAGACGUACAGUGACAGACCUGAUCCAGUGGCAAAAAACGUACCAUUUUGCAUCCGGGAAGCAUUAAAAACGUGGCAAAAUGCUUCCCUCUCCAAGUGAAAAAACUUAGUUUUGAAGGGCCCACCUUUUUUCCUCACAAAAAGAGCAGGCUUUUGAAAUCUGAGUUUUUCACUUGGUGAGGGAGGUAUUUUGCCACAUUUUUUAUGCUUCCUGGAUGCAAAACGGUACGUUUUUUGCCACUCUAUCAGGUCCCCCACUGUAUUUUAACAAUAUAUACCAUAUUUAUCGCUUACCUGCCCAUUUUUCAGGAGCAUGACCGCCGUCUUACCGUUAUCCUCGCCGCUAAAGAAGUCCGAUCCGCGGAGAAAAAGAACCGUCGAAAGCGAUCGGAAAGCGAAUCCUCACAAUCUCAAGCCAGCGAAAUUGAAGAAGUAGGUUAUUUUUAUAUUGUACUUGAUAUAGUUUAGACACACAAAUGACGUUUUGAAAUCCUGAUUUUUGCUUCCAGGAACCCCCGAAAUUCAGCAGUUACUACGGCGCUGUGCAUUUACUACGAAUGAUGGCCAGAUUUAUGGAUUAUAUCCCACAAUUGAGCGCCUCUCCGAACAGCUUGGAACUUGGUCUGGCGACGGCUCAAGAUUUCAUGGUUUUCCUAUCCAAAAACAUGGAAGACUUUGUGAAUCUCGAAACUGAUUAUGUGGAAAUGGUUACGAAGUAG